GUGAAAGGCGUUUUAGCAUGAAUACCAUCAAGGUGAAAAUCCUCAACAAUGAGUCUACACGUCCCAAAUCCCACAUAUCCUCUUGCCUGAUUGCAGGCAAAGACGAUUUUUACGAUCUUGUGUACACCAAAAUGGUACACAACGCUGAUAUGAUUGUCAAAAAUGCGUCGUUACUUCUGGUGGAUACGGACAUUGACAACACUAAGCAUGCAAUAUUUGUCAAGGCAAAAAGUAAGAUCUACCCAACCGAAGACUUCGCUGUGAAAGAAGAUCUCAUGAUGCAAUUUUUCCAUGCACCAACUAUGCCACUGGACCAAUUGCAACAAUCUCCAAUCAAACAAAGAGCAUCCCUCCUUGUCAAAAUAAAACAGAUUUCUCCACUCAAAACAGCCCCUGAUGCAUCGUGGAAGCGCAAAGAUAUCAUCAUAGAGGAAGAUGGGCAGGCUUCAACUUCAACAGCAACUCUGAAGCUGUGGAACAAGUCCACUGAUCUCAUAGGUGACGUCCACCUUAAUAAGAAAAUCAAGGUAGAAAAUGUUGAAAUAACCGAAUUCAACAUGCAAAAACACUUCCGUGACACCCCAGAAACAGCCAUCACUUCUUCAGAAGACAAAUGCAAUGUCAACAUCAUUGCAGUCUCUGGAAAAGAACUCCUUAUUAUUCGAAAUGGCCUCCAUGAAGCAGAAUCGUACAUCUUCGCAUCAGCAGAUCCAAUGCCAACUAUCCCAAGCCUUCCAGCCGCAGCAAGAGCAGUUCUGUCAGGAAACACAGUCACAGAGAUCAUGCUCACCACUGUCAACUGGAAACCACUUGCCACAACAUCUGCCAUCCCCCCUAAACCAUCAGUCGCCAAAACAAAAAAGUAAAUUUAUGGACACCCCAUCUGUUGCAUCAACAAACUUUGAAAUCACCCAUUAGUUCCGCUAUUCAUCAUCAUUAUACAGGGUGACCCAAAAGAAAGCCAGAGCCUACUAAA